AUGGUUUUCCUGAUGGAAACCAAAGUUGAAAAAAAUACUAUGGAAAGAAUUGGUAGAAAACUGCAGUUUGCUAACAUUUUUAUUGUUCCUCGUGUUAACACAGGUGGUGGUUUGGCUUUACUUUGGAAGGCAGGUUGUUCAGUGGAUGUCCAGUCUUUUUCUGGGAAUCACAUUGAUGCUAUUGUGGACCAUGGAGUUGAUGACGCCUGGCGGUUUACGGGUUUCUAUGGAGACCCUGACACCGCCAGCCGGGAAAACUCCUGGUCUUUGCUUCGUGCUUUAAAUAGUCGCUUCUCUCUUCCUUGGCUUUGUAUGGGCGACUUUAAUGAAAUAUUUUUGGGUGAGGAGAAACUUGGCUGGCUUGAUCGUCCUGAAAGACAGAUGCAACUAUUUAGAGAUGCCUUGGAUGAUUGUAGAUUGAAGGACUUGGGUUUCAAUGGCUACCCAUUUACAUGGUGCAAUAGGAGGACGGGGGCGCACAAUGUAUGGAUCCGCUUGGAUAGAGGUGUUGCUACAGUGGAAUGGAUGUUGAGGUUCCCUACUUCCCGAAUCCAUCAUUUGGAUGCUUUUCAUUCAGACCACAAGCCUAUUUUACUAUGCACAGACUCAGAAUUGAAACGUUUCUAUAGGUGGGGCAGGCCUUUCAGAUUUGAGGCCAUGUGGGUCAAGGAUGAUUCAUGCGAACAGGUAAUCCAAGAUUCUUGGGGUACGGCAAGGCUUGCAACCUCGAUUUGGGGGUUUAAUAAUAAACUCGAACCUAUCCAAGGUAGUCUGCAAACUUGGAACCGUCAAUCUUUUGGUCAUGUCCGUAAUUCCUUAGCCAAAAAACUGAAGGAACUGAAGGUAGUGGAGGAAUCAGGUGGGUAUGUUUCAGAUCCUACCCGUGUGUAUUUGCUUCGAACUGAAAUUGAGCAACUGAAAAGCAAGGAAGAAUGCAUGUGGAAGCAGCGUUCACGUACAGCCUGGCUGAAGGAAGGUGAUAGAAACACUAGCUACUUUCACUGUAGAGCUACCCAAAGAAAUAAACGUAAUCUUAUUUUGGGCUUGGAAGAUGAGGCCGGCCAAUGGGUUGAUAAGGAAGAAGAUUUGGGAAGAGUGGUGGAAGACUAUUUUCAAAAUAUGUUUACUUCAUCCAACCCAAGUCAGUUUGAGGAAAUUCUUGCGAGCUUGCAACCGGUGAUCACAGCUGAAAUGAGUGCCUCCUUAAGCCGUGAAUACCAAGCUGAAGAAGUGCUCUUUGCUCUUAAACAAAUGGCCCCACUCACUGCUCCUGGGCCUGACGGUAUGUCCCCCAUAUUUUACAAAACUUAUUGGCACAUUGUUGGUGAGGAUGUUAUCUCUAUUGUUCUUCAUGCUUUAAAUUCGGGUAUGGUCCAUGAGUCUCUUAAUUCCACCUUCAUUGCAUUGAUCCCUAAAGUUAAAAAUCCGAAAAGAGUAGCAGAAUUUAGACCAAUUAGUUUGUGUAACGUUGUUUACAAAUUAAUUGCCAAGGUGGUGGUCAACCGCCUGAAAAAAAUUCUAACCCAUGUAAUUGAUGAUUCCCAAAGUGCUUUUCUCUCGGGUAGACUUAUCACUGAUAAUGUCCUCGUGGCAUUUGAAACCUUGCACUACCUUAAACGAAAAACCCAAGGUAGAUUGGGAUUCAUGGCUCUAAAAUUGGACAUGAGCAAGGCUUAUGACCAGGUGGAAUGGGUUUUUUUGGUGAAGGUUAUGGAACAUUUAGGCUUCCCGAGUAGGUUGAUCUCCCUCAUAUCAUCUUGCAUGAGCACUGUCUCCUAUUCUGUCCUUCUCAAUGGCCAACCGGGCCUAAUAAAAAAAGCUGAAAAUAAUGGGGACAUCAGAGGGGUAUCUAUUUGCAGAAAUGGUCCACGAGUUUCUCAUCUAUUUUUUGCAGAUGACAGUGUCCUCUUUUGUCGGGCAAGAGUGGAGGAAUGCCAGAGGAUCCUUGAUUUGCUCUCAGUCUAUGAAAAAGGCUCUGGGCAAAAAAUUAACAGGGAAAAAACAAACAUCUUCUUCAGUACCAACACCCACCCUGACAUGCAACAUCAGAUACAAUACCUCUUAGGUGUGCCAGCUAUCCGUCAGUAUGAAAAAUAUUUGGGGUUGCCAGCUUUGGUGGGGCGUGCCAAAAAACAAAGCUUUACCUAUAUCAAAGAAAGGGUUUGGAGGAAACUUCAAGGUUGGAAGGAGAAACUCCUUUCACAAGCUGGUAGAGAGGUGUUAAUCAAAUCUGUCAUCCAGGCGAUUCCCACUUACACUAUGAGCUGCUUUAAGCUCCCCAAAGGCUUGAUAAAGGAAUUGGAGACUCUCAUUCGAAAAUUCUGGUGGGAGUAUAGUGGGGAAAAUAGAAAAGUUCAUUGGGUUAAGUGGGAGAGACUGUGUGAAGAUAAGGAGAAGGGAGGGAUGGGAUUUAAAGACAUUGAAAAGUUUAAUGAUUCUUUGUUGGCAAAGCAGGUGUGGCGCAUGAUUAAUAAUCCAGACUCGCUAUGUCAUAGAGUCUUCAAAGCUCGUUUCUUUCCGGACUGUUCAAUACUUGAAGCUAAGGAUUCUAGCUUAGGGUCCUAUGCAUGGAAGAGCAUUAUAGGUGCUAGAGAUGUGAUUCGGGAAGGGAUGGUUUGGAGGAUUGGGAAUGGGCAUUCUGUAAGAAUAAGGGAGGACAAGUGGCUACCGGUUAAAUCAAACAGAUCGGUCAUAUCACCACUGCCCACAGUUGCACCAGGAGCCAAAGUGAGUUCCCUCAUUGAUUCAGAUCUGAGAGGGUGGAAUUCAACAUUGGUAAACCAGAUCUUUCUCCCUCAUAAAGCCUCUGUCAUUUGCGGCAUGCCUCUAAGCACAAGACUUCCGCCUGACCGCAUUAUAUGGAGCCUUACUCCCUCUGGUAUGUUUACAACCAAGAGUGCCUAUAAGCUUCUUGUUACUCGCAAUGCUACUAAUCAUGCAGGUACAUCCUCGCCGGUGAACCAGAGACAGUUUUGGAGGAAGUUGUGGCAGCUUAGAGUUCCAAAUAAACUUAAGCACUUUGCCUGGCGUGCUUGUAAUGAUGCCUUGCCAACUUUGUCAAAUCUGGUCCGGAGACACAUUGCCACAAAUGAAAUCUGCAGCGCAUGCCAAGCCCAGCCCGAGGACACUCUUCAUGCUCUUUGGUCUUGCUCGACACUUGAAUCGGUUUGGAGUCCACUGUCCUGGUCUCAGCCCUACGCUAAUUCUCAUACAUCAAGCUUCCAAGGUCUUCUUGAUAAAUUUAUGCAGGUUAAGGAAGACUACAGGUCCGAAAUCUUCAUCACCAUUGCCUGGAUGUUGUGGAAUCGUCGCAAUGCACUGAGGCUCAACCUUACAGUCCAGCCCAUCAACCAUAUUAGUUCCCUGGCUGGAAGCUAUCUUCAAGAAUUCCUGGACACUCUUGACCAGAUUCCAGUUGUCAUGGACCAUCCUUCGCCCCAGCAAUGGCAGCCACCAGAUGAAAGCUCGUUCAAAGCCAACUUCGAUGCCGCGGUCUUCAAGAAUUCCAACCAUGCAGGGAUAGGCGUGAUCAUCCGGGACUGGCGUGGUGAGGCCGUUGGUGCAUUAUCCAUGUCAGUUCCUGCAACGCAGUCAGUUAUGGAGUUAGAAGCCCUUGCCUGUCGUAGAGCGGUGCAGUUUGCGGUGGAGCUAGGACUUCAGGAUGUCGUGUUUGAGGGUGACUCUCUCCAAGUGAUUCAAGCUAUCUCACAAGAAACGUUGGAUUACUUAUCUUACGGUCACAUUAUUGAGGACAUUCGUACCCAAGCUGCUGCAAUUUCUUCUCAUGAUUUUAUUUUUAAUACUAGGCACUGCAACGUUGUAGUAGAUGCUCUAGCCAAAAAAGCCAAGUUCUCUAGAGAGUCUCGGGUUUGGACUGUUUCCCUUCCUGAUGACAUUGUUUCUCUUGUAGCUUUUGACAUUCAUUGA